CUCUUAACAAAAUUAGGGUUUUUUGUUGGAAGAAGCAACAGCAGCUGCAAUGGCACCAGCACAGAAAGCCGCAAGAACACCCAGAGUCACCCGAAACCCCGAAUUAAUCAGGGGUAUCGGAAAAUACUCCAGGUCCACGAUGUACCACAAGAGGGGACUCUGGGCCAUCAAGGCUAAGCACGGCGGCGCUUUCCCCCGCCACGAUCCAGCCCCUAAGCCUGAAGCUCCAGUCGUGAAGGCGCCCAAAUUUUACCCGGCUGAUGAUGUUAAGAAGCCACUCCGCAACAAACACAAACCAAAACCCACCAAGCUCAGGGCUAGCAUUACUCCAGGAACAGUUUUGAUUCUUCUUGCCGGAAGAUUCAAGGGAAAGAGAGUAGUCUUCCUCAAGCAGCUUCCUUCUGGACUUCUCCUCGUUACUGGUCCAUUCAAGAUUAACGGUGUCCCCUUGAGGCGUGUCAACCAAUCAUAUGUUAUUGGCACAUCAACCAAAGUAGAUGUUUCAUCAGUUAACGUUGACAAGUUUGAUGACAAAUACUUCUCAAAGGAAUCCCAAAAGAAGACAAAGAAAGGAGAGGGUGAAUUCUUUGAGGCAGAUAAGGAGGAUAAAAAAGUGCUCCCCCAGUCAAAGAAAGACGAUCAAAAGACUCUUGAUGCUGGUUUGUUAAAAGCCAUCGAAAGUGUUCCUGACUUAAAGACUUACCUUGGUGCCAGGUUUUCGUUGAAGGCAGGCGUGAAGCCUCAUGAGUUAGUGUUCUAGACAACACAAAGAGUCUUGAAAUUGUUUUUUGCCCUUGUUUUUGGUUGUUUGUCAAACCCAGAUCUGAAGUUUUAGUCAUUUACAAUUUUCUUGGUAUUAAACUUCCUAAAAACUUGUUAUUUAUGUUAGUUAUUUUCAUUAA